AUGUCCCUUGUAUUCCUCUUUUCCGUCUCAACAGUGCACUUGCGUUCCUCAAGCGUCGAUCACGAAUUCAGACCAAAGACGGCCCUCAGUUUCAAUGCAGCAUCAACUUGUGUUGCAGAUACCUCUGGCACAGUGUCUUUAACACGAGAACAGUGGGACCAGUGCCUGGAACCUGGCCCCGAACCAUCUUAUUACCUUUCCAUCGUCAUUGUAACUCGAAUGGAUGACUAUGCUGGAAACCAGCAUCAUCGAUUGCAAAACUUUAUAGACAGCGCUUAUUUGCUGGCAGAACAUACCCGUGAAAAGAUUGAAUUGCUUGUUGUUGAAUGGAAUCCUCCCAAGGAUAGACGGCGGUUCCUGGAUGCAUUCCGGUUCCGUCGAUCCGAGCAUUUGACCUACCGCAUCAUUACUGUCCCAGACAAAAUACAUGAAGCAUUACCUAACCGUGGCGAUGCUCCGCUGCACGAAUUUGAAGGCAAGAACGUCGGUAUUCGCUUCGCCCGAGGUGAAUUUGUUGUAUGCACGAAUCAAGAUGAUAUUUGGUCGCACAAUUUCCACAAUGCCAUCAAAUCGCGAGCUUUCAAAAAGGAUAUCAUUUAUCUACAGCGCCAAGAUCGCCAUAACAUCCACGAGAAUUUGCCGCCAACUAUUGUGAAUCUGCCAGCCAUGCCGGAUGAUGAUAUGCUUUAUAUGGCUUGCCAAUUGAAUGAGCAGGAUUGGGGUAAAUAUCAAUUGCCCGACGAAGCUGAAGUGACACCCGACAACUUGUUGCGGUUAGGUGAUCAGGCUGGAGAUUUCACCAUGGCUCAUCGCGAUACAUGGAAGAAGGCUAAAGGAUAUCGUGAAUCCGGUGGUGUUGCUUGGGUUGACAUUGAAUUUAUUGGCACUGCACGAUGGACUUUUGAUAUUCCUGUGGUCUACAGCGACAAGGGUUUCACCUGCCAUCAAGAGCACAAAAACGUAUGGGAAGCUGCUCCUGAACGUAUGACAGACAACAAGAAUGUCAAUAUGGGCGCAGUCCAAAAACACGAGAUAGAAUAUGUCAAUGAAGAACGGAAAUGGGCACUUCAGCACAUUGAUAUUUGGGGUAUGGGAUUAGAAUGCUUCGAGUUCUUGGGUGGACUCUGCUGGUAA